UCAAGUUCAACAUCACGAACGCAGGGCCAAUAAUGGUUUCGAUGUACAGACCUCCAUGCCGGAGAAAACGGAUUAAUACAUGCUCUACAGCCGUGACUGCCAUAUAUAAAGAUUAUGUACACCCCGCCUUGAGAUGGCAUUACUCACAGUUCCCAAACCUGACGAUCACACCAUUCUAAACCCCACCACAUAGCGUCUACUCUAUCACACAUAUUCUCAACCACACUCAAGAUGUCAGGACAAGGCCAAUCGUAUGAAACCGACGCGCGCUGGACCGCUGUCGACGAGUACACACUCUCGCAUCUGCACCCCUCAACACGCACCACGCCCUCCAACUCGACCCUUACCCACGCCCUCACCAACUCGGAAAAGCAGAACCUCCCCAAUAUCGCCGUUUCUGCCUCACAGGGCAAGUUCCUGCAGCUCCAAGCACGCCUGCUGAAAGCGACGCACAUCCUCGAAGUCGGCACGCUGGGCGGGUACUCGACAAUCUGGCUCGCACACGCGCGCCCAGACGUCAAGGUCAUAAGCGUCGAAGUCGACUCGCACCAUGCAUCUGUCGCGCGGGACAAUCUGACCCAUGCCGGCGUUGGCGAUAGAGUCGACGUGCGGCUUGGCGCUGGUGUGGACGUUCUGCCCCAGAUUGCAGAGGAAGUACAACAAGGGAAGCUAGGCAAAUUCCAGCUCGUCUUCAUCGAUGCGGACAAGGAGAAUAACUGGAACUAUGUGAAAAUGGCCAUUGGUAUGUGUGAGCCUGGAGCAUGUAUCAUUGUGGACAAUGUCGUGAGGAAGGGGCAGCUUGCUGUGGAUAGUGAGGAUCCGAGAGUUAAGGGAGCGAGAGCAGUGGUUGAGGGCGUAGGGAAAGAUGAUAGGCUUGAUGCUGUGGUUAUGCAGACGGUUGGGGACAAGAACUACGAUGGAUUUGUUAUGGCGGUCGUGAACUGAGGAGUUGGGACUUUGCAGAUGUUGUAGUUCUUUCCAGGAUUUGUGUCAAGAGGAGAGGAAGCGGUACUCUCUGCCAAUACCGCGAGCUUCUCCACAUCACAAGAUCGAUACAGCGAGUGUUCAACCCGUUGUAUGGUUCAAGAGGUGCAAUCGGCGACCUAAAGAACGAGAUGGCAUAUUUGAAGCCUCCAUACGUUAUCUAUCAAACUAUAGCAUUGCACUUGAUUCUACUAGACUGCAUUAUUUAGCCUGCCUUGAUCCUUCUCCGACAAUCUUGUCAACA